AUUCAGGGGAGGGAGCGACUGGAGCCUCAGGCCCUCCAGUGUAGUCUGCCUGACCACCCUGGAACCCACAGAAGCCCAGGACGUCUCCCGCGAGGCCUCCCUGUGUGUGGCUGAGGAUGGCUGAGCAGGAGGGCCGGGAGCUUGAGGCCGAGUGUCCCAUCUGCUGGAAUCCCUUCAACAACACGUUCCAUACCCCCAAAAUGCUGGAUUGCUGCCACUCCUUCUGCGUGGAAUGCCUGGCCCACCUCAGCCUGGUGACUCCAGCCCAGCGCCGCCUGCUGUGCCCACUCUGUCGCCAGCCCACGGUGCUGGCCUUGGGGCAGCCCGUCACUGACUUGCCCACGGACACUGCCAUGCUCACCCUGCUCCGCCUGGAGCCGCACCACGUCAUCCUGGAAGGCCGUCAGCUGUGCCUCAAAGACCAGCCCAAGAGCCGCUACUUCCUGCGCCAGCCUCGAGUUUACACGCUGGACCUCGGCCCCCAGCCUGGGGGCCAGACUGGGCCGCCUCCAGACACGGCCUCUGCCACCGUGCCUACGCCCAUCCCCAUCCCCAGCCACUAUUCUCCGAGGGAGUGUUUCCGCAAUCCUCAGUUCCGCAUCUUUGCCUACCUGAUGACCGUCAUCCUCAGUGUCACUCUGUUGCUCAUCUUCUCCAUCUUUUGGACCAAGCAGUUCCUUUGGGGGGUGGGGUGAGUGCUGUUCCCAGACAAGAAACCAAACCUUUUUCGGUUGCUGCUGGGCAUGGUGACUAUAGAGCCUCAUUUGGUGGUGUCUUCCUUUGUAGUAUUGUUUAUUUUACAAUCCAGGGAUUGUUUACACCACGUGUUUGCUUCUGGGAACAAUUAAAAACAAACAAACAAACAAAAAAACGAACGAACAGCUUGAAGGACUGGGAGAUGCGGAGCAACCUCCGGGUGUGAGUGUGGCGUCAUGGAAGGGCAGACAAGCGGUUCUGACCACAGAGCUCCACAGCAAGUUGUGCCGAAGGGCUGUACAAUGGUAUCCAGGAACCUGACUAGCUCACAUAGCAAGUUGCAUUUCUCACUGGAGCUGCUUCAAAAUCAGUGGAUUUGUUUUUUGCAUUGCUCUUUUUACUAUGGGUUGCUAAAAAAAAAAAAAUUGGGAAGUGAGCUUGAAUUCUGUGGGUAAAUGUGUGUUUGUUUCUUUUCAGCUUUCUCUUUGGAUGUCUGGCCGCCGGUUGCAGUAAAACUGUUCUGCAUUCAUUAA